AUGAUGACAAUCAGUUUCUACGAUGAGCUUAACCUGAGCUGCCAUGCGGUUCGAAGAGCCACGUCAUGUGGAAGUAUCGCUAGUGCCCGCAAUUCUGCAUGUGAAGACGGUUACACCGCUCGCUCUGCUCUACCACUGCCUUAUUCGGAUUCGGUUCCAUCUUCGCCAGGCGCAUCGAGGUUCAAAAAGUCGCGACCUCUUGCCAUGGGCUGGCUUCUCAACCUCGCAGCCACGCCAGCUGUCCUUGUCAUCACCAUGCGCGCCCUCUCUUGUGUGCUCCCAAGGGGACCCGCACAACUCUUCCAGUACUACGCCUUCCUCAUCACGGCCUUCUUCAUCAUGAUGGCCUGCGCAACCUAUGGCGUCGUCGCUGGUAUUGUGCUGAGGCUUGUCGGCUACGGUGGCUUGACGCAGUGGACCGUUGCGAGGGCCUUCAAGUGGAGCAUGUGGCUCACCACAGGCACGACCUUUCGGGUGACGGGGAGCGUCAAGCGCAAUGGCGGUGUCAGUGGAGAGGAUGCGCUGAAGGAGAGACCAGUGGUGUUUGUGGGAAACCAUCAGACAGAACUCGACAUCCUCAUGUUGGGCUGCGUCUUCCCCAAAUACACGUCGGUGACGGCCAAGAAGUCGCUCAAGUACAUUCCCUUCCUCGGCUGGUUCAUGUCCCUCUCCAAGACCGUCUUCAUCGACCGCGCGAACCGCACCACCUCUCGCGCUGCCUUUGAUACGGCCGCAGAAACCAUGAAACACACACGGCAAAAUGUCUUCAUCUUCCCCGAGGGAACACGAUCCUACGCAUCCACACCUACCAUGCUUCCCCUGAAGAAGGGCGCCUUCCACCUAGCCGUGCAAGCACAAGUCCCCAUUGUGCCCGUCGUAUGCGCAAACUACAACCACAUUCUAGACACCAAGAACAAGCGGUACACUCCCGGUACCAUCGAUGUUACCAUACUGCCACCGAUCAGUACGGUAGGCAAGACAGCCGAUGACGUCAACCAACUGCUAGAGCAGACCAGAGACGCCAUGAUGGACGAACUGAUCCGCUUGUCGCAUGUUUCGGGAGCAGGCAAUGGAGAGCCACUGCCGAGAGCAUCAGGUGUUGAUCAGUCGCGAGACGAGCUUAGGAAGAGGAAUUGA